UUCCCUUGACCCAAUCCUUGAACACUCUUUCAAUCUCCUUCUACCUCUGUCUCUCUUCUUCUCUCUUUAGCCUGCAACUAUGAAGCUUUGAAUUUCUCUAAAGUUCUCGUCUUUCUUCUUCUGGGACAUUUCCACAUAAAGCGACGCUUGAGAAAUUGCCAAUUCAGGCAUAUAUUUCAUGCAUUCAGGCAUUUAGGACCAUAAGUGAGCAAAAUUUUCCCAUACUGAGAUGGUUACUGAAUAGUUACUGAUUAUGCGAUUUUGUUGUUUUACCCUGUUUAUUGAUUUAAAGAUGAUUGUUGAAACUUGACACCACAGCAAAUGAAAUUGUCAGGUGCGCUUUACUAUAGGGCAUGGCUUCGGGUUUGGUGAUUCAUGACACGACAAGAGACAAGUCCUCUUUGGGGAAAAUUGUGAUUGAUAACAAAGACUUACUCAGCAGUUUACAUGACAACAUUCUCGGUCACAUCCUAUCUUUUCUUCCUGCAAUAGAGGCCGUCCGUACUAGUGUAUUAUCUAAAAGGUGGAUUCAUGUGUGGAAGUUAAUUACCAGCCUUCGGUUUGAUGAUGCUAUGCUUUAUUCUGGGAAGAGGAUUCCGAAAGAACACUUCAUAAACUUUGUGAACAACACACUCUUUCUUCUUAGUGAUUCAAGCAUCCCUAAUUUCUCUCUCGGUCUGUCGCGUUACCUGUAUGAUGCUUCUCAGAUUAAUGCAUGGAUCUCUUUCAUUUUGGAAAGAGGGGUCCGAAAUCUUCGUAUUCAGUAUGCUGAUAAAGUCCUUCUUUCUUCUAAUUCUCUUUUUAAUUGUAGCUCUCUAGAGCAUUUAGUGCUUCAAAUGAGAUGUACUCUCAGUGUUCCUUCAUCUGUUUGUCUCCCAAACCUUCAGUACCUAAGCUUUUCUGGGAUUAGGCUAGUGAGUGAUCCAUCUACUUAUUCAAAAGAUCAAACUCUUAGCUUUCCAGUCCUCAAAGCUUUUGAGGCUAGAGGAUGUGAAUGGUCAAUGCAGAAUGUUAGUAUAGAGGUGCCUCAACUUCAAACCUUCUCCGUAGCAUUCUGGAACAGCCUAUCCAAUGAGUCAAGUAGGUGUUCCAUCAACAUUUAUGCUCCAAAUCUAACUGAUUUCUCGUAUGAGGGCGAUCUAGAACAUGAAGUCAUUCUAUCAAACCCGUCAUCCAUUAUUAGUGCUUCUGUUGUGAUUGUUAUUGAUGAAGACAUAAAUGAUGGAAUACAAGAAAUCAGUACUCGGGCACAUAUGCUUCUCAGACAAUUUCACGAAGUGGAGAGCCUAAAAUUGUGGUUUUACAAGGUACCUAUGCAUGCUAAAGAUGUUUUCACCAAUCUACCUGCAUUUGGAAGACUGAAUUAUCUGCAAAUAAACGAGGUUGCUGGCGAAGCCCUAUUGAACUUACUCCACAACUCACCAAUUCUUAAAACUCUUGUCUUGCUUCAUGGAGUAUCCAAGUUUGAUAAAGAUCUCUUGACUUCAGCAUCAGUGCCUCACUGCUUUCAGUCUUGCCUCAAAGUUUUUCAGUUUGGAGGAUUUAACGUGCAUGAACAUGAACUCUCUCUAGUAAAAUUUGCAAUGGCAAAUGCAGCAAAGUUGGAGAAGAUGACUAUAACCACAGCAUUUUGGCUGCAGUACUCAGACAUUAACAUGGAGAAAGUUAAAGAACAACUGCUCUCAUUUCCCAAGUGUUCAACUUCUGCAUCACUUGAAUUUGCCGAUGUCAAUGGUGUCUUAAGAUAAUGAAAAGGCCCAUAAUCGUUCUGCAAGUAUGCUUAACACUUAAUGAAUGUCUCUUUCACAUUGUACUGCAUCUUUUUUCUGAUUAUAAUUAAAUCAUUUAUCAGCCUGCGCUUGAUAACUUCGAGGUUUUCAGGUUAUACUGAUCCUUGACCUGAUAUAUUGGUUACUCACUGCCUGUACAAAACCUGUUUUGAGGAAUGUUCCUUGAUAUUCCAAAAAAUCAGCAAUGUUUUCUUGGGAA